AUGGAAACAGAACUGAAUGAAAACCUAAGCAACGAGAUCUUGGAGAUGGACACUGGAUCUCUGAACAUCGAAGAGGCAUUCCUUGCUGAACAACAAGAACAGCAACAACAAAAGCAACAACAAAGACAAGGACAUUCUAUACCGAAAGUUACAAAUAGUACAACUACUACAACAACAACAAGUCAACUAUCCAGAUCAUCAACUUCAAAAUCAACUACACCUACUUCAACAACUACGACCACCACAAAGUUCAACAAUACAACAUUUCAAGAUAUACAGAAUGAUAAUAAUCAAACUAAAGCAUUCCGUUUUGUUAAUAAUUCACCAAAUUCAAUGCAUAAACAAAAAUCAAGAAUGAAACCAACUUUUAAAGUUGGAAGUCAAUUAAUCCAGGGGAAUGGUGAUCACUUGGGGAAUAAUGAAUCUGUUAUUAUAGAACAAACUUUUAAUCAUAAUGAAGAUGGUUCACAAUUUAUAAAUUCAAAUGAUAGGAAAUAUGUUUUCCAAUUAAAUGUUAAAAGACCACCUGGAAGACCAAGAAAAUAUCCAUUAGAAAAACCAAAAGCUAAAAGACCUCAAGGUAGACCAAGAAAAUAUCCUAUUGAAGUAACAGGAUCUACAAUAAAUCAUCAACAUCACCAACAACAUCAACAUCAACAACAUAAUAAUAAUAAUAAUCCACCUUCUAAAAUUAUUAAAAAAACUUUAAAAGAUUCAAAUAAUACUAACUUAUCAAUCCCUGUUCCCAUAGAUACUGAACUGAUAUCUUUAAAGAAAGAAGAUGAUAAAUUAAGAAAUAUUGGAUCACAUUCACAUUCACAUUCAGAUUUAGAAAAUAAUCCAGAUUUUGCCCAAAAUGAAACUAAUUUUGCAAUUGCAACAGCAGGUGCAACUCAAUCAGCUUUUACACAUGACCAAAGGAAACAAUAA